AUCCACCCCUGAUGGCUGAGGUAAAAUGCACAAUGUAUGAAAAUAAUAGAUGAGAUGAGAUUAGUAUUUUACAUAUUUUGGUUCAAACAAACGCAACUCCGACAGUUGUAUGCGUAAAAACUGACUCUACUAACACAAUACCGUAUUUUUGGUGAAUUUGACAAAUUUGGGUGUAUGAUUUUCUGCUGACUUGUGUCGUCUGACCCAGGCUAUUUGCGUAAUGUUUGACCCAAAGUACAGCGUAAAACGUGCUGCUAAAUAAACAUUACAAAGGUUCGAGGGGUCGUGUACACUAGUCGAAUAAAAUUUAAACAUUCAAGUGUUGUGCCCAUUUCAUGAUAGGCCUACCUAUAGCCACGAUGUCGCUAACGGUUUACUACGAUAUUUUAUCCCAACCAUGCAGAGCAAUUCUGCUUUUUUGUAAAAUGAAUGGAAUCACAUACACAGGGAAAGAGAUUCAACUGAUGAAAGAUGAGCACAAAAGUGCUGAAUAUACAUUUAUUAAUCCGGCUCAACUUGUUCCGGCGAUCAAAGACGGCGAUUUCUGUCUUGGUGAAAGUGUCGCAAUAUUGAGGUAUCUCGUGGCAAAAUACAAGACGUCUGACCACUGGUAUCCAGCAGACAUCCAAGCCCGAGCACGAGUAGAUGCCUACCUGGCCUGGCAACACACUGGUCUUAGAGCACCUUGUCUUGACGUGAUGAUGGAAGAGGUUUAUUCAGAAAUAUUGCUUGGAAAGCCUUGUGACCCAGAAGAAUUAAAACGAAAGAUUGGUGAGCUCAAAACGAGUUUCAAGAAGUUCGAAGUCAUUUUCCUGAAAGAUCAGAAGUUUGUUUGCAGUGAAGAAAUUUCUGUGGCCGAUAUUAUGGCACUGUGUGAGAUUAUACAACUACUUGAUUGUCCAUCUUGCAAGGAUAUUCUGAAAGACUUUCCAAUGAUAGCCGCAUGGAAGGAGCGUGUAGAACUCAUCCUCAACCCCUACCACCAAGAAUUGGUUGACCAGAUGCAUGCAGUCGAUCUAACAGUUCCUUAUACAGCUUCAGCCUAAGUGUACCUUAAACCAUGGAGGUAUACCUCCAUGCUUAAACUGACAGUUUGUUAAUCCCAAUAUCUUCAUGUUUGCUCCCAUCAAAUCUUUUAUCCCAGAUGAAUAUGUCAAUUUAAUCAACCUCACAGAUUAAUAAAGUCUAUCCAAUAUUAAUUAACCAGAUUAAUGUAUCUAUCCAAUUUCAAUAACAUAAUUUAAUGAUUCAAUCCUACCCACAUGUAAUAACUUGGAUGGAUGUAUAGAUAACCCUACAGCCUAUAUGAGACGCUGCAUGGGCUUCGAAUUUAUGAAAAAUGUUAGUAGUCUUGAAGUCCCAGUCAAGAUUCUGUGCACCAAAUAGAGAAUUGUCCCACAUUACUUUUAUAUUUUGGAAUAGUCAGAUUCCCCUUUGUUUGAGACCUUGUCAUGUGAUGACGAAAAAUAUUGAGAAGUUGUUGAACUUGGAAAUCUGUGUUAAUGCUGUCAUAAACAAAUAAAAGUAAUUGAAAUUCAUGUUGUUUAUAAAUGUUAAGGAUUGCCAAUUCUGUAAAUAGUGAUGCUGUGUGUGGUAAUCUGCCUGAAUGUGCUAUAGUUCGUACAGUUCUUUUUUGAAUAAGAUGUAUUGGUCUUAAGUGUGUCAUAUAUGUACUUCCCCAGACCUCAAGUGCAUAUGAAAUAUACUUGAAAAUAAACAAAACAAUUAUAUAACAGUAACAAAAUUGAUGAAGGAAUAAUUUUCUUUAAUUUAUAAAGCAGGCCUGCCUUAGAUCUAAUACUUUUAUUUACCUUAUUAAUGUGCUCUUUCCAUGCAAGAUUUUUUUCAAGAGUUAUCUUAAUGUGUAACUGUAGAUUCUGCUAUCAACUUGUGCUACUUUUAUACAAAUUGCACCAUUUGAUUGGACCAAGUCUACGUGUUUACCACGAAAAAUAAUAUACUUAGCUUUAUUUGUAUUUAUUGUUAAUUUAUUUAAAUCACACCAGUCUACAAUGUGUUUCAAUUGGUCAUUUACAUAAUGUAAGUGAAUAUUAUCAUAUGAAUAUAAGGUAUUGAAUAAGCUGGUAUCAUCUGCAAAAAAGGCGAGUGUCAAAGUAAUUAGUAGCAAUUGCAAUCAUUUACAUAUAUAAGAAACAGCGUGGGCCUAACACAGACCCUUGUGGUACACUACGCGUUAGUGGGAGUUCAUUUGAUUCAUUCCCAUUUAUACUAACAAACUGUUUUCUAUUAAUUAUUUAAAUAAUCUUUGAAUAAAACAAAGGUUAUCCCCGUAUCCCCGUAAUUUGUAUUAUUAAAAGUGUCAUGGUUCACUGUAUCGAAUGCAUUUUUAAAAUCUAAAAAUAUUCCAAAAACUACAUUGUCAUAAUUAUUUUCUCCAACAAUUUCUGCGUUAAGAAUGUAAUAGCAAGUUUUGUGCUAUGAGGAUAAAUCGAAUCGGUUUAAGUACUACGUAAGUUCCUUGUUGACUAUCUUUAAAGACUUUACUAAAUGAGGUAAGAUGGAGACUGACCUAUAAUUUCCUCUGUUAGAUGGUGAUCCUUUUUUGAAAAUGGGAAUAACCUUUGUCCUUUUUAGUGCAUCUGGAAAAUGAUAAAUUACAGUAACUAUAUAUGUAAGUGGUAUAGAAAUGUAAUUUGCAGCUAGGAUUAUUAAUUUGGUCCACACCAACUGCUUUAUUUUUAUCUAAUCCUAUUAAAAUAUCUGUAUACUUCUUCUUCAGUUGUACCAUAAAGAAAUAAGCAAUUUGGAUACAUAUUAGGAAUGCCAUGUGGUUGUCAAUAGGUCUAUCAUUGAUCUCUCUUUCAAGAUUCUUUCCAAUUAAAACAAAGUAAUUAAAGCAAUUAAUUAUCACAAUCAGAAUGACAUAUUAUAAUUGAUAACCUUAUGGUUUAAUGAUUCAUGUAUAUAAGCACUGACUCUUCCACCUCUUUCUAAUGAAUAGUUAUUUAACUGGUAUAAAUCUUUAUUUAAAACUUGCAAAACUUCAGAAAGUGCUAUAAUUUUUAAGUUACUCUGAGCUAAUGAUUCAUAAAAUAUUUUAAAUUCCUCAACAUUUUUACUUAGAGGUCGAAUAUUGAUGUGAGAUAACGAAAAUGUUGAUUCAGGCUUACUGCAAAUCAAAUUAAAAAUAUCAGAA